CUCAACACGGAAACCACGUAUUACUUUAUAUUUUCUAUAUUUGAUACAGCUUAAGUGCAGUAUUUGUUUAUUUGACUGAAUGCAAAUCUAAAGCCUGUUGCAGCACCAAGGACCUCUACAAAGACCUUUAGCUUUUUGUUUUGAUUUUUUUUUUUGCUGCUAACUCGCCUGGAUCUUGCAGAAUGGAUUUGCUUUGGCUUUUGUGCGUCGGGAUGAGUUUAUGCGCGUGGGUCUCCAAUGCCGAGAGACACAGCGUAUUUUGGAACAGCACCAACUCAAAGUUCAAGUGGAACGACUACGCGGUGAAGGUGAAGCUCAACGACUACCUGGACAUCGUGUGCCCGCACUACCCGCUGGGCGAGGUGCCGUCCCAGGACGCCGAGCGCUACGUGCUCUACAUGGUGGAGCGCGAGGACUACGAGGCGUGCCGGCCGCAGUCCUACGACCAGAUGCGCUGGGAGUGCGGCCACCCCUUCGCCCCGCACGCCCCCGAGAAGUUCUCCGAGAAGUUCCAGCGCUUCACCCCCUUCACACUGGGCAAGGAGUUCCGGCAGGGAGAGAGCUACUACUAUAUCUCUAAACCACUCCAUCACCAUGGCGAAGAGUGCCUGCGUCUCCGCGUGGAUGUCGUGGCGUCUGAUGGUUCUCAGGAAGCUCACGUGGGAACCGGCGGUGGCGGUGGCGAUGGCGGUGGUGUGCAUAACCCAUCCAACAGACUCCCAGCAGAUCAACCUGUGCUCCUGCCCGACGUCCUGAAGAGUGUCAAAGCCAACUCGGCAGUGACGUCAUCGAGCCUCUCCCUCUCCACGCUGCUGCUGACGGUGUUACUACUGCUUGUGCUGCAGUGAGACGCCAAGAAGACUACAAAUCCCAUAGAUUUGAGUCUUCUGAGGACUACAGUAACGGUGGCCUGUAGUGGCCAUACAGAGACAGUUCCCCAUAGCCUGGUGCAGGCCGCUGGGAAAAGGGACAUGUACAGAAGGAAUGUUCCGGAACAAGAGGUUGGGAUGGGGAAUACGUUCCCCAAAGCCGUAGUCAACCUUUUUCUCCUUAAUGAGAACCAAGACGUCAGUAUUUUUCUGGAAGGAUUUCCUCUUGUCAAGGGAAACUUUUUUUUUUUUUUUGUAGAAGUUUCCCUCCCCCUUAUUUGUAUUUUGACAAAAGCUGAACUUUUGGAGAAGUGCUUAAACUAUGAAGAACAGUAACCUUAACACUUAAAGAACAAACAAAAAACCACAAAAAAAAUCCAGAAAGGACUCAAAGCAAGUACAGACCUCUACAAUACAAAGAGCUCAGAAACAUGGAAAAUCACGUCCCGAGUCGACGAUGAGUUUGGAUGGUCCUGGUUAGGUUCUGGCUCGGAUCCGGUUCUCUUCUGACCUGGGCCCAGAGUCAGCGGUUAUCUGGGACUCGUUGGUGACCACAUGAGCCAAAGACAGCAGUGUCAUGUUCUCAUAUGUACAGAAGCCCUAAGUGUUGUUUUGUCUUGUAUAGGAUGGGAUGGGAGGAGGAGGAGGAUUUUGUAUUUACAGAGCGGUGUUUCAAUGUAGCAUCAGAGCGAGAGGAAGAA